AGCCGGUGGGGCUGUGCGAGGGGCCGCCCAGUGGGUGAGAACUGCAGGUUUGACUGACCUCUCAUCCCUGCUUAGGAACUGGAGGGUGUCAGAGCCCCCCGUGUGCACCCCCUCAGCAAGAUGAGGACUCUGAACACCUCUACCAUGGACGGGGCUGGGCUGGUGGUGGAGAGAGACUUCUCCUUCCGCAUCCUUACAGCCUGCUUCCUGUCUCUGCUCAUCCUGUCCACGCUCCUGGGGAACACGCUGGUCUGUGCGGCUGUCAUCAGAUUCCGACACCUGCGGUCCAAGGUGACCAACUUCUUUGUCAUCUCCUUGGCCGUAUCGGAUCUCUUGGUGGCUGUUCUGGUCAUGCCCUGGAAAGCAGUGGCGGAGAUCGCUGGCUUCUGGCCCUUUGGGUCCUUCUGUAACAUCUGGGUGGCCUUUGACAUCAUGUGCUCCACCGCGUCCAUCCUCAACCUCUGUGUGAUCAGCGUGGACAGGUAUUGGGCCAUCUCUAGCCCCUUCCGGUAUGAGAGGAAGAUGACCCCCAAAGCAGCCUUCAUUCUGAUCGGCGUGGCAUGGACCUUGUCGGUACUAAUCUCCUUCAUCCCAGUGCAACUCAGCUGGCACAAGGCCAAACCCACAAGCCCCUCCGAUGGGAAUGCCACUUCCCUAGGUGAGACCAUGGACAACUGUGAUUCCAGCUUAAGCAGGACAUACGCCAUUUCGUCCUCCCUGAUAAGCUUCUAUAUCCCCGUGGCCAUCAUGAUUGUCACCUACACCAGGAUCUAUAGGAUCGCCCAGAAACAAAUACGGCGCAUCUCAGCCCUGGAGAGGGCAGCCGUCCAUGCCAAGAAUUGCCAGACCACUACAGGUAAUGGAAACCCCGCGGAGUGUUCUCAACCAGAAAGCUCCUUUAAGAUGUCCUUCAAAAGAGAGACUAAAGUUCUGAAGACCCUGUCGGUGAUCAUGGGGGUGUUUGUGUGCUGCUGGCUGCCUUUCUUCAUCUUGAACUGCAUGGUGCCCUUCUGUGGGGCUGGGGAGACCAAGCCCUUCUGCAUCGAUUCCAUCACCUUCGACGUGUUUGUGUGGUUUGGGUGGGCUAAUUCCUCCUUGAACCCCAUCAUUUAUGCCUUUAAUGCUGAUUUUCGCAAGGCAUUUUCAACUCUCUUAGGAUGCUACAGACUUUGCCCUACCACGAAUAAUGCCAUAGAGACGGUUAGCAUCAAUAACAAUGGGGCUGUGGUGUUUUCCAGCCAUCACGAGCCUCGAGGCUCCAUUUCCAAGGACUGCAAUCUGGUUUAUCUGAUCCCACAUGCGGUGGGCUCCUCCCAGGACCUGAAGAAGGAGGAGGCGUGUGGAAUGGCCAGACCCUUGGAGAAGCUGUCCCCGGCCCUGUCUGUCAUAUUGGACUAUGACACUGAUGUCUCUCUAGAGAAGAUUCAGCCCAUCACACAAAAUGGACAGCAUCCGACCUGAGCUC